CAGUUGUGCAAGAUGAAAAGUUUAUUUUGUAAACAGUAAAGUUUGGAGCAAUUUUCACGCAUUUCCGCUGUUUUACGCUCCCCAGGAUAACUUGCGCCUUUUGAUUCUAUUCCCUCGAAUGGAAUACGACGCCAGUGGUAGAACAGCAAGUGCGUUAACAUAGAAUGUCCGAAGGAAAUCCCGCCCGCGAACAGGAAAAUGUCGCUGCUGUAAAACCUUCACCAAACAACAACAGUGGUAAGAGGAGCAACAAGAGCAGGUCCCAUUCCGGCGCGGCCACCACCCAGGCGCCCCCAUCCGGAGCAGACCAGAAGCAACAUUCCGGAGGAAGACGAUUCAGUGACCGGCACGUCGUCAAGAAGCGUGUUCUGCCAAAGUAUUACACCCGGGAGAACGACAUCUACGUUACGUACAAGUCGGAUUUUACGUUUCAAUACAAGAGGUGCUUAGAUAUUUUAAACUCAGCUCUUGGAGAAGCUUUUCUGCAUUGUACUGGAAGGGCUAUUAACCAAGGAAUCAAUCUCGCGCUUAAGAUCAAAGCAGAGUAUCCGGAAGCGUUCGAUUACGAGGUCAAUACUUCCACAAUCACUGUUACGGACGAUCUACACCCGCUGAAAGACGACGAUGAUUUCAGUGAGCAGCGCCGAAUGAACUCGUGUCUUCACAUCCGUCUAUAUCGUACGAUCAAACUCAAGCAAAACACUGCAGUCUCCGCCUAAAAGGGCACCUAUCCCACAGCAAAUCCCUUUGACUUCACAUUAAAUCCCCCAUUUUAUACAAUUGCCGUCAAGAUAGCCCCCUCACGGAGAAAAAUGUCCGACGAGGUCGAGAUAAAAACCUACUUCAAGCUGGUGGACGUGGUCAAGUGGAUCGGAAUAACGCAGUUCGAGAUGCUGGUAAACCUGCUGGCGUUCCUGGUGUUCAGCAUCAUCCUCACAGCGAAGGCCACCAUGGGAACGCUUCCAUCCAAGCCGGCCGGAACCGACGAAUGGUUGAUGAUCUUCUCGCCGCUGUUCUGUGGAGACUUCUUCAACGCCUACUUUUGCGUGAUCGUCGGCAUCCGGAUGUAUCUGGGCAACAAACAUCGGCAGGCCAUGCAUAGGCUAUCCUGGAGCAUCCAUUUCUUACUGUUGACGACCGGGUUCAAGUAUCUGGUAGUGAUGAAGUUGUCCGGCUUUAGCGGGCUCGAGUAUAGCGAGGUGUUUUCACCGAUUUUUGUGCUUCUGCAACUGAUUGCCGUUAAGGCGUGUCAGUUCAAGCAGCAGUCUUGACGCGAGGAUUGUGAUCCGGCUGAUAUGCAGUUGUUUGCCUAAGUGACGGAAGUGUCAUUGGGUUUUUGAGUAGAGCGCUUUCUUCAUUUGGGCAAAUAUCGGCAAUUACGUAGAUAUAUCGUAAGUUUUGAAGUGGGUUCAAUAAAGGAAAACAUGGGACAAGCAAACUAUGCUUUGUUAUAUUGA